CAUCCAAAUGCCGGUCCAAAUCAUUAUUUUCGAAUGACUCAAAGCCUCCAUUUGAGUGUGCCUCGCUGCAAAUAGUACCUUUACUGUGCUAUUUUCUACAAAAAUAACGAGUAUUUUCCAGCGAAUCACACACAAGUAUCACAUAGAGAAUCCCAUACCGACUCUUUUACGCAAGUUCUAGCGCAACGCACACUCUGGUCUUGAUCUCUGAAAGUCUGGGAGUGCCCCGCCUUCGGAUAACCACAUUCUCGAUAUCAUCACAAACGAUCGCUCGAACCGGUUCCAAUGUCCACAGAAGCCGAGGGUUCGGCCCCUGCGCCGCAGACCACAGAGAAUAACGAUGUGAAGACGGAAAAGAAGGAGCAGGCCCAGCCUCAGAAGCCCAAAGAACAGCAACAAGCAGCGCCCGCUAGCGAGAAGAAGUUAUCCGGCGCUGAAUUGAAGAAGAAGGCCAAGGAGGAAAAGGCUGCCAGAAGAGCGCAAGCCAAGGCUACCCAGGCUUCACAGGGCCCAUCGCAAGGCGGUCAACAGGCGUCCGGUGAUGGGAAGGGAGGCAAAGCAAAGCCUAAGCAGGACGGGCAACAUCAGCACCAGCAACAUGGCGGUGCAAAACUCCCUAUUCGACCAGCGGCAGCGACGGCUGUAGUUAAGGACGACAAGCCUUCGAUACCAGACUGCUUUAGCCACCUCUCCAUGGCUAGGCGGAUAGAAAUGACAAAUGCCGACAAGGACGUCCAUCCUGCGGUCUUGGUUCUCGGUGAGCACAUGAGCGCGUUCGUCAUCAGUGAUAGUAUCACACGACUCGAGGCGACGCUGCAUGCUUUCUCCAAAGUUAUCGACUCUUACACAACUCCUCCUGGCUUCACUUUCUCCCGCCAUUUCACACCUCACGUUCUCAACCCCCAGAUCGAGUACCUCACAGCAUGCCGCCCCAUGUGCUUCUCAAUGGGCAACGCCAUCCGGUGGCUGAAGCUCCAGAUCAGCAAAGUGGAUGUCGAUCUUCACGACAACGACGUGAAGAAACUCCUCAAGGAGUCCAUUGACAACUACAUUCGUGAGCGCAUCACUCUCGCAGACUACGUGAUUGUUGAGACUGCUGCCAACAUGAUUUGCGAUGGCGAUGUUGUACUCACAUACGCUCAUCAUCACCUCGUCGAGCGCACUCUUCUCCAGGCUCGCAAGAAAAAAAUUGACUUCCGCGUGAUUCUUGUCGAUGAUCCUUAUGAGCGCGUCGGCAUCGAUCACGCCAAAAGACUCUCCGCCGCUGGCAUCCAAGUCACUUAUGCUUCCGAUUUUGGUGCUCUGCAAACACAUCUCUAUGAGGCAACUAAGGUUUUCCUCGCAGCCGAAGCCAUCUUUAGCAACGGUGCUAUGUACGCUCGCGCUGGCUCAUGCGAUAUCGCCACGGCAGCUUCUGAUAUGAACGUCCGCGUUGUGGCACUCUGCGAGACGGUCAAUUUCACAGAGCGUGUAUCCAUCGACUCUCUCACAUACAACGAAAUCGACCCCGAGCGAUCCACCGAUGUCGGCUUCCGCUUGCUCUUUGACACUACCCGCGAUACGUAUAUUUCGGUGGUUGUGACGGAGCUAGGCAAUUCCUCUGCCACGUCUGUGCCUGCGAUUCUUAGAAAAUUAGAGGAGUUGUAAUCAGGCUUGGAUUGGGUCAAAGGAGUGUGGAAAAGUUUAUCAGGGGUGUUAGAUGACGCGGCGUCUUGAAUUGUCAUUCUUGAUAACUCGGUCUUGGGUUGGUGCUGGGAUUAGAGGCAGCUCUAUGAGGCAAUGACAAUAAGUUUUUAACUCAUUGCGUGUGGUAUAGCAUGACAUGAGUUCGAUCUGGUGAUUUAGAUCGAGUUCCGUGAAGCAAUAGGCGUUUGGUGUUCUGCACAUCACAUCAUCACAGCGUUCAGAGCUUUGGCGUAUUAUAUUCGAAUCAAACGUCCCAUUUCGACGCUCAACCUCCCAAUCUCACAAUGUACAAUAAUGUUGCCUCUCCAAUCAUCUUGUCACAAGCCGAAGAGGUCUUCGUUUCCCGAUAUCUUAAGUUUCCAUUCCUGUUCUUUCCCCUCUAAGCCUCCGCCUUAGCAUCCCGCUCCGCCUUGCGCGCUCGCUUCUCAAGCAGCAGAGCCUUUCGUUCUUGUAGAGUAGAGGUUUGGCUGUCGUCAACACCCUGCAGCCAGUAUCCGAAGCUGGCGCCGCCGGCCGCAUAUACGGGGUACACCCAGAGGGAGGACUUGUUGAAGAAUGGGCGCAUCUCGAUACCCAUUUGCCAGAAUCGAGCGCCGAGGCCUUUUU